ACGCCGUUUUCCAAGAGACACAGCUGUUAGUCGUAUGUGCGUGCGUCGGUGUCGCACGUGGUCAAACGUUCGCGAAUUAUGAUCGUUCGAAUGCACAGAUUGCGAAGUUAUUUGUCGCAUCAUGCGUCGAUCACGUUAAAUCGGCAAUUGAUUCCGCCUGAGCUAGAUCCGGUUGCGUGAACUUUGUUUGUUUUUUUUUUUUUUUUUUAGAACAAUACAUUCACACGUAGCUCUUGUGAUGUGACGUAGUGAGAUGUGCGUUUUGUGAUCAAUUAAUUGUAGUGACUCAGUUUAGUUUAGUUGCAAUUGUUUCAAGUAUUGUUUUAUAAACACCAAUGGAUCUCAUUUAAAUCUCUUGAUUUUUUAUCGCGUUGAACUCUCGUUGUGAUCAAAGUUGUUCUUCUGCGAAGAAGAGCGAAAUAAAAUAGCAAUAAGAAAUAUAAAAAUAAGAAACUUUUUACUUUUUUUUAUUGCAAAUAUUUUUUAAUGUGCUUUGCUGAAGCAUUGCGUAAUUGAGUAAAUUUUUCUGUGAUACACUUUUUGAAAAGAAGCGACGUGGAAGAAAAAAGAGUCACAAAUGACUCGUCGGAUCUAGAAGCUAUCUUCUUUUGAAACGCUUUCUGUGGCUCGUUUCUGUCAUUCACCGAGAACACGUGUGAACGCUCAUCACGAAAGAAGACGAUGAGGAACAACAUGGCAGAGUCCAAGCAGUCCGUGGAUCAAAAAUCCAAUCAGUCGCAGAGAAAAUCCUGCCAGGACCACGGCGAGGAUUGUCCAAGCGAGAACGAACACGAAUUCGAGUCGUUGGAGUACGAAGAAGACGUGUAUUAUUCGAAGUUGACGACCACGCCGAGUUUCGACGACAUCGACGAGUUGGGCGACGAAGAGACGGACGAGCUGGUGGUCCAUUGUUGGCGCGACUCGAACGGCGAGAUCGACGAGAUCGUCGUGGACGACGGCAAUUUGUCCAUCGAAACGGAAUUUCUGCAGGAAGAAGGAUCGCAGGACGGUCGCAAAAAGAAGAGACGGUCCGUCCGCGUUAUCUUCCAGGACCUCUCUAAACCCUACCUCGCCAAGAUCAGCAACAGUCAGAAUUACAAGAAGUUCCUGGAGUUAGUAAAAGGAGAAGAUGCUUCGCUUCACUCGGCCGGUUCCCUGUCGCCGGCGGACAGCGUGACGAACGAGCUUCAAGGUCUCUCCCUGGAAGAGCAGGAACAACAAAAAGCCGAAUGGAACGCCGAAUUGGCGAGAGUUGAAGAAGAGAUACAGACUUUGAGACACGUUCUCGCGAACAAGAUCAAAGUGUCGCAGGAUUUGAAGAGGAAGCUCGGCAUCAGCGUCUGGAAAGAGCUCACCGACGAUGUCAAUCAGGGUAUCAAGAACGUCAAAGAGAGUCAAGUUUAUCAGAACGUUGGUGAAACACUCGGUCGCUUAACCAGGACGGUCUCUGGGAACAGUUUAUACCAAAAAACAGAAUCCGUUCUCAAGUCCACGGCUGAGAAGACAACGAGCAUUCUGGGUGGCUUUGGUAGCGGCAUUUCCAUGAAGUUGGGCCAAAUGCGCAACUCCGAUAGUUUUCGGUCGUUGGAGGAAAGGGUUGGAUCCGCUUGCGAGAAUAUCAAGACGAAAGUUGUGCCUUCGAGAUCCAACUCGACGCAGAGCUUCGACGAGGCACUUCGGGAAUCUGAGGCGAUGAGGCGCUUGUCUGCGGCUCCGUCGGUCACCAGCCCGACAAUUCCCGAGGACAAGCUGCUUUCUUAGAACCCGAAAUAGCGCGAAAAAUCCGUGCGACACAAGAAGCUGAUAAUGUGCGCUAUAUUACCACUACGUUUAUUUACUGCAAUCUGCUAUAAACGGCCAAACGUCAUGCUCGUGCACAUCGACCAGAUCGGAGACUGCGAGCGCACGAUUAAUUCACGUACUACAUUCUACUAUAAUCGAUAAUAUAUAUUUUAUAUUUAUACAGAUGUGUGUGUGUAUGUGUACACACACAUAUAUACGUACAUGUGUGUAUACAUAUAUCACUUGCACACCUUUCCCUCUUCGCAGGAUUGUCUUUCUCCGGGCCAUAUUCAGGACAUUGUUUGACUUUAAGUAGUGACGAAACUGUUUGUCGCUAUUUUAUCAAAAAUUUGAUUCUAAAGAAAACAGUAGUAUCUUUUAGAUGAUCAGUUCUUUGCACGAAAUAGCGAACUAAUUUUUUAAUUUCUAUUUUUUUUUGCGAUUAUUAAUGUAAAAAUAUACUUUGAAGUGUUUGUAUAUGUUGCGAAUCAAUUACUUUCGAUUCAGAAAAAGGAACUUAAACGAAAAGAGUUGCAGGAUUUUUUUCUAUAACUUUCAUCACGCACUUGCGGGGUUUUUUUUAAUCGGGUUUUUUUUUUUUAUAUCAAUGUAACUUGUGUAUAAAUAUAUAAGUUUGAAGUUUUACACAAAUAAACGCACUCUCACGUUCGCAUAACUUUGUACUUUUUGACACUUUGAAUUGUAAAACUGCAAGUUAUGUCCUGAAUUGACUUGAUAGAGUCGCGUCGAAAGUGAAUAUCUUCGAUUGUUUACAAAUGAAUGAUCCAUAUGUGCGCCGUCACUAACAUCACACAUAUUUAAUAAAACUUCUGACUAUCUGCAAAUUGUCAGACUUAUGCGAGCUUUGAAAUAUAUUCAAUACCUGCCAGGAGACAAUUUCAAGGAACUUUGCAGAUCUUUAUUUUUCCGAUGUUUUUUUUCUACAAGAAAAUAAAAUUGUACAAAAUUAUUACAUAUAUAUUUAUAAGAUAUAGAAAUUAAAAGUCUAAUUUACGGGAAAAGAAUAUAAUCGCUUUUAAGAUUUUAAAACAUAACUGUGAAGCAUAACAAGAUGUUUUCCAAAAGAUAUAUGAGUAAUUUUGCAUCUUUAACAAAAAGAUAAUUAAAUUCGAAAGUAGCGAUUUUGUUUAAAGAAUGCGCACUAUUUUUAUAUCUUAAAAAAAAAAAGAUGUUCUAUCCAAACGCCAGAUUGAUUUAUUCUGUAACUUAGACAACUCAAAGUUCCUCUCAACUUUAAAACUGAAUAUUUUUUUAAGUGCACAGAAGUAACUUAAAUAAAGAUAGAAAGUGUCAAAUUAAAGAGAGAUACUGUAUAUCUUAGCUUUAUGAAAAACAAAAAGAUCAACGAUGCAUAAGUUAACUUUAGGGGAACAUUAGGGGACGCAAAUAAUUUACGCGCGCAUUUAUAUGUUCGUAUACAUGUAAACAAAUAUAUAUAUAUAUACACACACACAUAUAUGCAAAUGAAAAGGUGAUAACUGUGACUCUUCGAUAUUCGCUGCAUUCUCUUGUUCAUAUUGAAAAUAAAUAAAUAAUUUUA